CGUUUUUUGUGCCUUCGCAGGCUCUCCGGCACGCCCACGGGUGCUGUAGACGCCUCUCCAAUUGCCAGCGACCCUUCAGCUGCUCGGCGGCUGCAUGCGCAUCACUCAUCAGCCUGUAGAUCUCAGAUCCAGCACUACCACGAGCGUCGUCGUCCAGCAGAGACCUCCCUCCUACUCGGCGCGCGUCGCCACCAGGACCGCCAGUUUGUGUGUGAUCUGAUUCAUCUGUCGUGCUGCGGUGAGUGGUGUUGGUUGCUACUGCGAUGGACGGGCAGCCGAUGGAUGUGGACGACACGACUCCCGGGGGAGCCGCCUCGAAGCGAGUCAAGCUGUACGAGCUGGAUGCCGACUCGGGGGCAUGGAAGGACAGGGGAACCGGACACGUCAUCUGUGACACCUACGGACGGGUGAGCUGAGGGAGGUGGUGAGGGGGGUGAAAGCAGACAGACAGACAGCAGCAAGGAAGGAAGGACAGUGAGGGCAGAGAGGCGCACGGGGUGAUUGAUUGCAUCGAGACGAGUUGGUGCAUGUUGCUGUUGCUUUUGUUGAUGGCACUGUCGUCAUGUGUGUUGUGUGUGUUGUGUGAUGGUUCGAUCUGUGUGUGCAGGAGUUUAAGAUAACGGUCAAGGGCGAGGAGCAGGGCAACCUCCUACUCAACUCCAUCGUCGACGAGUCGCACAACUACACACACCAGAAAGGUGCAGUGCAGACACACACACGCACACACACACACGCUGUGGACUCAGGAUCCUCUCAUGGCCCGUACUUGUUCCAUGCGUGUGUGUGUGUGUUUGCCUCAGACACGAUCAUCACGUGGCAGGAGCCGAAGCGUACGGGGGGUGCGGACGCCUACCAGGCCCUCUCCUUCCAGCAACCGGCGGGCUGUCACGAAGUCUGGUACGCGACAGGGGGGGCCAGCAUAUGGGCGACAGAACGAGUGUGGAUGUGGUCGUACUCACUGUGGCUGGCUAUGCUGCGUGUGGUGCAGGAGUUUCAUCCAGCGGGCAAUCCAGCCCCACUCACACCCAGGUACAGACAGAAAGACAUGGUGGAGGCCAGGCCAUGGAGCACACUCACGCAGCCAACAGGUAGGUGUCGGUUGUGAGCUCCUUUCUUCUCCCUCCCAGACGCAUCCCACACGGUGCCGUUGAGCGUGUUGCCCCUACCCUCCCUCGACACACUCAACGAGAUAUGCAACCACCUCGAGAACGACGUAAGAUAAGAACAACGGCCCACUUGCCGACGGACAGUGCACAGAGGGGCGAACACAUGCAUCUAUCUGUGUGUGCCGUGUGUGUGCAGGUGGCAUUCCAGGCCAAGCGCGAGCAGGUCAUCGGCGACUGCAUGAACGCGGUACACACAUGCAGGCCGAUAGCAUCCUCUAUGUAGCUAUCGGCCUCUCUCUCUCUCUCUCUGUGUGUGUGUGUCUGUGUGUAGACGUUUCUGGACAAGCUGUACCGUGUGUUUGAGGACGCCGAGGACCUGGAACUGAGGGACAAGCUCACCACUCUGUGGCACAUCGUCAAGAAAAUGGGUAUGCUCGUCCGUCCGACCGCCAGUCCGUCCACAGAACACCCACUCAGAGGCCCCUCCCUGUGUGUGUCUGUCGGUGUGUAUGGUGUCGAUCAGUGAUGACCUGUUCGAAGGAGUUGAUUAACCUGCUGCUCGACGACGAACACUACGAGAAGACCUUCGGCAUCCUAGAACGUACGCACACAGACAGACAGACAGACAAGGGCCACCCACCUCGACACACCACUCACUCCUCUUGUGUGUGCGGUGCGGCUGUGUGUUGCCUUGCCUCCCUCUCUUCUCUCAGACGACGAGGGCAUCCCGGACGACAGGCGCAUCCGGCAUAGGUCCUACAUCAAGGACAACUGCCACCUGGUCGAGGUAGCUAGCCCAACAAACCACAUCACAUCACAUUACAUCACAGGGAGGACACGCACAGACCUACCUAAGUACUGUGCGGAUGGAUUUGUGUGUGUGUGUGUGUAAUGAAUGUGUGCAGCCGGUGCAGAUCGCCGACAACGAGUUCCGGAAGCAAAUCCACCUACACUUCAGGCUGUGCUACCUGAAGGUAGGUAGCUAUACACACCAAACAGCCGAGGGAGGGAGGGGGAGAGAGACCGCUGCCAGGCACACUGAUGGACAAAUGAGGCGCCGUGUGUGUAUGUGUGUAUGUGUGUGUGUGUGUGUGUGAGUGCAGGAUGUGGCUUUGGCUCGAGUGCUGGACGACCAGUGCCUGGCCAUCAUAUCCAACGUCAGUCAACCCACACCACACCACACCACACCAUCAAGCACUACACAUCCUCAUGUCUGUGUGUCUGUUUGUCUGUGUGUGUGUCAGCUGGCCGGUCAGCAGCAGCUGGAUCUGUUGGCGCAGAGCAUCGACGACUCAAAGGGACACCUAGCUGAAAUAUUCAAGUGAAGGACCGAUCAACACACCGAGACACAAAGAAAGAAACCCCGAUACGAUACGAGGACGGACGUGCCUCUCCCUGUGUGUGCAUCAGGGCGUUGCCAGACAACUACGACGCGUUGCUGUGGAUCAACUCGCUGGUGGCCAUGUGCCGGCAGAUGAUGCCCAACGAGAAGAGCCAGCUGUUCAACGCCCUCAACCAGAGACACAUCUUCGAGGCCCUCGAGGAGUACCUCCGCAAGUCGUGCAACGGAUACCAACAGUGGGAGCGACUCAUGGCGCUGGAGGCCAAGACCAGGGAGGACCAGCAGAGGGACCACACCGGACAGCCACACCCACUUAGUAGUGGACAGGGGGUGACGGACGGCAACGCCGCAGCGGGAAGCGCCAAAACCGACGAACAACACAGUAGUGGACAGGUGGGCGAGAGAGAGAGGGAGAGAGGGAGGGAGAGGUCUUGAUGGAUGUCCUGGAGCAAUCUGCUCCUUUGUUUGGUGCCUCAGAUGUCGGUCAACGGUACGCCCCCUGCGGCAGCAGCAGCUGCCGCUGCCGCUGGUGGUGGUGGUGGCGCUUCGUCACCACCCAUGCCCGUGUCGAAGCUGACGUACGGCGCCGCCCCCCACCCGACGGUUGCGCAUGUGCUGCAGCGGCCGUCCACCAAUCCUGUGUCGGCCGCUGUGGAGAUCAUCCAGGCGGCCGUCACAGCCAUGCCCGGACUCUACCGAAACUUCCUCAAACAAAGGUCAGAGGGACGAAGGUUUGCCGAUACGGAUGCAGUGUGAUGUCUUGUGUGUGUGCAGGUCUGCGUCAAGUGGUCAGGCGAUGGUGGGCGGCGGCGGUCGUACUUCGAUGGAGACCGACACCGACUCGUUCGCCCUCCUGUGCCGGCUGAUGAUUGAGAACCAGGACCAGGGCAUACAGUCACAGGUAGGGAACUCACAGACAGACAGACAGACAGACAGGUACACACGCAACCAGGGUGUGUUCUGAUGCGGUGCAGCUGGGUGAGGUGCUUCGUCACGUGCUCGACACGUCCAACAUGGAGCAGCCCGAGAAGGUACGCAGGUCCCCACCUGCCAUGCCACGUGGCACGUGUCAUCAAGCUUGUGUGUAUGUGUUGUGUUGCAGGACGACUUCCUGACGUUGUUCUACGAGAAGGGCGUCAUGGAGGUCCUCAUCGAGCCCAUCCUCAGACCAAAGACGCACUUCCACACACAAAGUCAGUGAGCCGCGCACUCUUAACUGACUGACGCACAGGGAGGGGUACCACCACACACACCACCCACACCCACGGUGUUUGUGGCACCAGGUGAGGAGGAGAACUACGUGUUUGCCAAGCAGCAGAUCUGCGAGAUCCUUGCCUUCAUCGUCAAGAAGCACUCGUAAGUGACAGAGCAACCAACGCAAUGACUUGUCAUUCGUCGUCAUCGUGUGGUGUGGUGUGUGUGGUGUGUGUGUCAGUUACCGCAUCAAGUACUACAUCUUGCGUGUGGAUCUGGCCAAGAAGGUGAUGCAGCUCGCCAAGGCCAGGGAGAAACACCUCGUACUCGCCGCCAUACGAUUCAUCAGGGCCAUCGUAGACACCAAGGCAACCAAACCACACAGACGCCAGAACCAAGGAGGGCAAGGAGGAGUGUGUGUGUGUAUGUGCGUGUGUGUGGGUGGGUGGGUCAGGAUGCGUUCUACUACCGAUAUUUCGCCAAGAACGACGUGCUGCGGCCCAUGAUGGAGCUACUCAGGGUACCUAGACACACACAGACAUGUCAGUCAGACGGGACGCGCACCUGUGUGUUUGUGACGACGUGGUGGUGGUGUCAGGACCAGGGCGGUUUGUCGCGGUUCAGUGGGGGGAUGGGCAACCUGCUCGAGUCGGCCAUCCUGGAGCUCUUCAAGUUCAUCCACUGCUCCAACCCCCCCAUCAAGGAACUCAUCACAUACCUCGUAUGUGCGCACAGACACACACACACACACAGACAGAGACCAUGUUAUGUUGUCGGCACACGGGGAUGCCAUCCACAUGUCAUGGGCUGGUGUGUAUGUUGGUGGGGUGUGUGUGUGUAGGGGUCUCAAUAUGAGGACCUGUUGAAGCAGCUGGCCGACCGCGCCAAGCUGACCGGCAACACCAAGAUAUACGAGGUGCGGGGCGUGUGUGACGAGAGGAAGAGAACACGGGACGGGCCUGGUGCUGCAUACCCACGUCUGUCUGUCCGUAUGUCUGCCUGCACUCACUUUCUGCAGCAACUGUUGAUUGACUGGGAGAAGUGCAAGGAGGUCGAGGAGUUCCCACCCAAGACACACCCGCUGGGGCGCGACACAUCAGCCAUGGACAGAGACAGCGACUCAAUCAGCUCAAGACGACUCGUACGUCACCUACGCACACCAAACCAAAACAACCAUCACACACAAGUUGUUCUGUCAUGUUGUCAGGCGCGCGAGGACGAGGAGCAGGACGCUUGGCUGGAGCAGGACGACGAGGACGUCCAGAGCCCCAACCAGCCCAACAUAGAGGGGCCCAUCGUGGAGGGCCAACCCGAGCAAGAACCCGAGAUCACCACCGGCACAGCAGCAGCCGCAGCUGCCGCCUCAUCCCCGCCCCAGCAGCCACCUUCUGGCGAGUCGGCCGAGGUCAUGAAUGUGUCGCCUCCAUCGCCCUCGCAGAGCAUCAUGAGGACCGGUAUGGGGCUGGGUGCGGCCAAGAGGGGGCCGCCACAGGUCCCGCCCAUGCCACUGCAGCAGCAGCAGCAGCAGCAGAGGCCGGAACGGACCAUCGCCGGCAGCAAAGAUGCACUGCGGUACGCACACACAUGCUACCAACGAAGGGGGGGCAGAACGCGCCAACAGGUCUAUCUAAAUGGAUGUCGUGUGCUGUGCGUGGUCUGCCUGCUGUGGGCUCCUCCCUCAGUGCUGCGAUGAGUGACUACGACGACGAUGAUGAGGAGGCCCAGGCCCCCCCGGCCUCUCCCCCCUCCCACCCACAGCCCCUCUCCACCGCCCCCGAGGGCCCACCCGUCACCUCACCACAGCCACCCGCUGCCGCACCCACACGACUCGAAAACGUAUUCGCCACGGGCGGCGGCCCGGCCGGCAGCCGGUCGCCCAUCUCCCGAGGCGCCAGUGCAGUGGCCAGGAGGGGUGCUGGUGUGAUAACGAUGAAGAUCUCCUCCCAUCGCAGGAUCAGCGGUGAGGGAGGUCAGGGGCAGCAGCCGGGGGGUACUGCUGGUGCUGGGGGGCUGGCGAAUGGUGUGGAGGGGAGGGAGGGGGCCAAUGGCAGCGGGCCCAUGGCGCAGGACACCGACCAGAGAGACCAGAGCCAACAGCCACAGGUCAGAUAGACAGACGCCAAGAGAGGAGCCAAAACACCACAGCUAAGUGUCCUAAAUGUCCAUUGUCUUCUUGUGUGCUGUUGUCGCUUUCAGGCGGUUUCCCCUGGUCUGUCGCUGCCGGCAGGUGCCACAGUAGCCGCCGCCGGCGACGCACCACUUGCCGCCCAGGAGGACACGUCGAUGCACAGCCCUCCCCGCGCAGCCAUAGAGGAGGUAGGGGCGGGGCUGCAGGCGGCGGACACCGACCAAUCGCAGCCGCACCACAUCAAGAAGAAGCUCCGGCUCGAAGGAGGCAAGGAAUGAAGGACGCGACAGAAACAUGAAUGAAUGGAAUGUACACUACGCGAGCCAGAAACUAGCGAGGCAGGCCCUGUUCGUUGCUGGCUGACUGACUGGAUAGCUUUCUGAUAGCAGGCAGGCCAGCCGAUGCGCCACCCAAACGGCCGGCGCCUGAAAUCGUGUUGGCCUCGUUGUACAGACGUUACGCAGGAGGACAGGGCGAGGGAGAGAGCCGGGGGCUGCAUAAGCGGGUGGGUGCUUCUUUGCUUGCGUGCGCGCCAGCCAGCCUCUGCUUCUCUGUUUGUCUGUCCGUGGUGUGCACUGGUCCUGUCCUGCUUUUGAAGCAUCUCGGUUUAAGUGUAUGGUAUGCGAGUCCAGCCAGCCUUCGGUGACCCUUCCUUUCUUGCGGCGUGUGGUGGUAGAUGAGAGUGUGCAAACCAGCCAGCCCCGUCCAGGCAGCAUGCUGCAGUGUCAGAAGCGCCUCUGGGAUCGUGCAAUGUUUCCUGGACAGGACAGGAUGGGUGUGUGUUUCUCAUCGAUCACACAGAGAGAGGUCCGUCUGCCAGCUCACUGUAUGUACCAGCCCAGCUUUGUGUGGUGCCUUUCUGUCUGUCUGAGGGAGACAGCAAGCAGGCCUGCAGAUCUCGCCAUUGACAUCAGUGAGGGUGUAGGUGCAACCAAACUCGCUAGAGCAGACUUGGCUGCGUACGCCCUUCAUGGAGGAUGCCUGGCGAGACGUGCAUGCGCUGCGACUCCCAUUGCAAGACAAUUAUCCAUCGAAUUCCUCACCCUACUUGAGAUAUGAAUACCCUACGAACCCCCUGCUGCUGAGAGUGGCGGG